UACUGAGCAAAAAAUGGCCCUUCCUAUUGCAAAUGAUCAAGAAAGUGUGGCUUCUAGCAAAAAAACAGUGAAGAAAAUCAGCAUUAUUGCCAUUUCUUCCAUAGUUCUUGUUGGUUGUAUUGUGGCUGCUGUUGUUGGUAUAACGUACGCCAAAAAUAAUGGAAAUUCAUCAGGCAGUCAAUCCAAGUCUUUUUCCACAGCAAUUAAAGCUGUUUGUGACGUAACGUUAUACCCUCAAUCAUGUUACAACAGCCUUGGUCCUCUAGCCAAAUCAGACAACCUUAAACCUCAAGAUAUUUACAAAUUAUCUGUCCAAGUUGCUAUCAACGAGCUCUCUAAAGCUUCGGAUGAGUUCUUCAAUAUGCCACAAGUGAAAAAUAUUUCUGAUCCUAUGGCUGUUAAGACCUUAGGAAAUUGUCAUGAACUUCUUUCACUUGCACUAGACAGCCUCAAUGAAUCUCUUUCUAUCCCAAGCAAGUCGUUAUUCGACGGGUUUUCUGACCUCAAGACAAAGCUAAGUGCAGCUGGAACAUACCAGCAAACAUGCAUUGAUGGUUUUGGGGAUAUUACUUAUGCUUCUGAUACGGCUUCCAAUAAACUUAAGAAUUCGGGUCAACAUACUAGUAACAGCUUGUCCAUUGUUGAUAUCAUGGAUCAAUCAAUCCAGGAUUCAGCGGACUCCAUUGAUCGUAUGGGUCGAAUUGGGAGACGUCGUUUGAUGAAUUUUGAUGGAGAUUUUCCUAGCUGGAUGGCUUCAAAAGAUAGGAAAUUGCUUCAAUCUUCAAAAGGAAAAAGUUUGAUCAAAGUGGACGUUGUGGUAGCUAAAGAUGGCUCUGGGAACUUUAUUAAUAUCAGUGAUGCUCUUGAGGCAGUGCCUGAGAAGAGUAACAAAAGGUUUGUGAUUUAUGUGAAGAAGGGAGUUUAUGUGGAGAAUGUUAUAGUUGAGAAGAAGAAAUGGAAUGUUAUGAUGAUUGGUGAUGGUAUGGAUGCUACCACUGUCUCUGGCUCUCUCAACUUUGUAGAUGGCACUCCCACUUUCCAAACUGCAACUUUUGCUGUGUUUGGCAAGGGAUUCAUAGCUCGUGACAUGGGUUUCCGCAACACAGCAGGUGCAGCCAAGCAUCAAGCCGUGGCUCUAAUGUCAACUGCUGAUCUCUCUGUCUUUUACCGCUGCAAAUUCGAUGCUUACCAAGACACGCUAUACUCACACUCCAAUCGCCAAUUCUACAGAGAAUGCAGUAUUUAUGGAACAGUGGACUUCAUAUUUGGUAACUCAGCAGUUGUUUUUCAAAACUGCCACAUACUUCCUAGGAAACCAAUGCCUGGCCAAAUGAAUACCGUCACAGCUCAAGGCAAGAUCGACCCAAAUCAAAACACUGGCAUUUCUAUUCAGAAUUGCACAAUUUGGCCCUCAGCAAAUCUCACCGGAGUCCGUACUUUCUUGGGUAGGCCAUGGAAAAACUAUUCCACAACCGUUAUUACGUCUACAACAAUGGCCAGCUUUAUUGAUCCUACAGGGUGGUUGCCUUGGGUGGGUACUACAGCACCAGAUACUAUUUUCUACGCUGAAUAUAAAAACUUCGGACCUGGGGCUGUGACUAAAAAUAGAGUCAACUGGAAAGGAUUGAAAUUGAAUAUUACUAGUAAAGAAGCUAGCAAGUUUUCUGUUCAGAAAUUUAUUCAGGGUGACAAAUGGCUCCCAUCUACUGGAGUCAGCUUCAAGAAGGAUAUCUGAGUGAGAUAAAGCUACGGUGGAGUCGACAUCUUUAUUCUUUUCUUCUCUCCAAUAAGGUUGAUUUUGUUUUCUGUUUCACUUUAUUUAUACUGAGGGGAGAGGGGUUUUCCUUUUUUUAUUUUUUAUUUUGGGGGGUGGUUGGUUUGGUACUGCUUUUGGAGCCCAAAGAGCCUAAGAGUACGUUAUACACGUUAGAACCCCUAAACUGCUGCUUCUUAUCUCUAAACGUUGGUUGAUUUGUACUCAAUUUUCAAGGGAAAUUUUUUUCUUUUGCUGGA